UUUCUGCAGGCGGCUUCGUUUAGUUGCCGGCCUAUGUCAGAUUUGUUGUUUGCUAGGGGUGCUGUGCGGGUCCUGCCUGGAAGGGUAGUGCCAGGGCGCGAGGUUCCUUCGAUCGUUGUAAGCCAGUAGUGCCAGAUUCGGGGCGGCCCCUCCUGCGGAGCCAUUUGCAUCUGGUCGGCGCAGUAAUCGCUCUGAGCAUUGGUCGGGUUCUCAUAAGGGUCGUCGGCCCUUUCACGGUUUGCCCCAUUGAUAGGGCGAUGGAGGGGGAGGCUCAUGCUGUUUGCUCUCGCCUGGUCCCACGAUAUAUGGGUGUUCUGGGUCGUUUCCUCCAGCUUAUGGUGGCUUUGGGUGGCUCCUCCUCCUUCGCAGAUUUCAGUGGUGGCGGGGCAGGCCUCUUCCCCUGUGCUCUGUCAGGUCAUCCUGGAGUGGUUAUGCUUGAGCAUGGUCGAAAUGCUGGCAUCCCUCGGGUAGGUGCCCCACCUGUUUCCGUUCCAAAACGGGACUGUGUGGAUCUGCGGUUCGUUCUGGACUUGUCCCAUCUGAACCCCUGGGUCUUUUGCCCCUUCCUUCGAAUGACUACUGUGUCACAGGGCCCGCUUCUUUUGGAGCCAGGCACUUGGAUGGUGCCUCUGGACCUCCAGGACAUGUAUUGGCACAUAAGGAUUCAUCUAGGGUUCAGGGACUGGCUCGGGUUUUGUCUUGGAGCAGCAGGCCUACCACUUUCGUUGCCUUCCAUUCAGCUUGAAUCUGGCACCUCGCGUUUUUACAUGCAUGACCCGGGUCGUGGUGACCCGUUUGCAUCUGUUAGGGGUUCGAGUUCAAGCAGAUGCCAGAAAAAUGGUGUUUCAUUACAUUCAACACUGUUUUUUUUAAUACUUUGAAAUACUACCUAAUUUUAAUUUGCUUUGUGCAAGAUUUACCAACAACAUAGGCCUCUUACACAUGAAAGCUCUUUUGUUUUUUAACAUCUAGUUGAACUCAGUAAUUUAAUACUUCUGCCAAAGAUACAGUAUAUAAUGAAGUGUAGAACACUUGGUAGGUUGUGUGAUGCAAAACUGUAAUUUAUGAAGUGCAUAAAAUACAAGACAACAAUGAAGAGUCAUGAGGUCAGAGAAUGGUACAAUAUUUGUUUUCAUGAACAGAAACAACAUCUUGGUUGUGUAAAUAUUGCUUCCCAACUUUGAACAAGCAAACCUGUAUCCAUGCACUGUGAACUUUGGCUUUAUUGUAAUAAGUUAAUACAAGUCUGUAAUAUAAUACAGAAUUCUCAAUUUGAGAAUUCUCAAUUCUCAUAGUUGCACUAUGCAACUAACAUGCAUAGUGUUUCAGGCAGGUCCUUAAUCUAACAGAUAAAGUAAGAGUAAUAACAGAUACAUUGUAGCAGAAUUUGAGUUCAACAUAAUAACUGUAAUAUAAAUUGACACUUUUUUUGAACAGGUAAUUUUUUUUGAAAAUGCAAAAUUUUUAAACCUAAUACUGGUAGGUGUAUUUGAUAAAUUUAGGUACAGUAAUUUACAUUUAGUAAUAAAAUUAUAUAUAUUUAAUGAAAUUACAGGUAUUUGUUCCAGAUGUGUGAAAACAUUACCAUCUUCCAAUUGCCGCAUUUGCUGCAGAAGAGAGUAUGAAUGACUGAAACAAAUAGUCAGUGUGAUAUGGGAAGUAUACAGAAUAAGUACUGUAUAAAUAUAAAAUACAUUAUGGUGCAGAAAAUAUGUCUGUUACAGUUACAACUAUGGAUUCCUCUGACAUCAUAUUUGUGAACUUCUGCAAGUGCAUUUUUUAUGAUGAAUGAAUAACUAGAGUAACUUGUAAAAGAAUUAUAUAUGUCUUAAGUGUAUCAUACUGUAGUGGACUUGUCAUAUUUUGAUUAUUUGAAAUAAACUGGGACUACCAUUGUCAUGGAUGAAAAUAAGAAAAAGGAAAAGAAAUCUGAAAGAUAUUAUAAUGAAUUUUCAGAUGAAAAUAAAUUUAACACUGAAGUAGAACAUGUGGAGAGUAGGUUAAAAAAGAAAAAAAAGAAAGACAAGAUACUUAAGGAUAAUCUAGUAAACAAGAAAAAGAAAAAGAAAUCUAAAAGAUACUCUGAUGAAUUUUCAGCUGAGCAGCAAUGUAAUGCUCAAGUAGAAUAUGGAGUGGGUAGGUCAAAGAAGAAGAAGAAGAAAUAUGAAGUAAAUCCAGCAAAUAAAGAAAUGAAUGAAUAUAAUAAUUGUAAUAGUAAUGGAUGUAUAAUGAAAUUGAAAACAUCGGAGAAAGUUUCACAAUUACAGCAAAACGAUCUGAUGUUAGAUUCUAAUAUAAGUGACAGUAUUUAUGAUGGAACUAAAUUAAAAAAGCGAAAAAUACAAAUUUCUUCUCACUCUGAUACCAAAGGACAUAAUGAUGACUUAGAUAUUGAAAAUUAUUUAUUGAUGAGCAAAUGCAAGAAACGCAAACUAACUCCAUGUUUAUCAACCAGCAAUGCUCCAAGCGAAUCUGAAGUAGAACAUGUGGAGAGUAAGUUAAAAAAGAAAAAAAAGAAAAAAAAGUUUCUCGAGGAUAAUCUAGUAAACAAGAAAAAGAAAAAGAAAUCUAAAAGAUACUCUGAUGAAUUUUCAGCUGAGCAGCAAUGUAAUGCUCAAGUAGAAUAUGGAGUGGGUAGGUCAAAGAAGAAGAAGAAGAAGAAAUUUGAAGAAAAUCCAGCAAAUAAAGAAAUGAAUGAAUAUAAUAAUUGUAAUAGUAAUGGAUGUAUAAUGAAAUUGAAAACAUCGGAGAAAGUUUCACAAUUACAGCAAAACGAUCUGAUGUUAGAUUCUAAUAUAAGUGACAGUAUUUAUGAUGGAACUAAAUUAAAAAAGCGAAAAGUACAAAUUUCUUCUCACUCUGAUACCCAAAGACAUAAUGAUGACUUAGAUAUUGAAAAUUAUUUAUUGAUGAGCAAAUGCAAGAAACUCAAAUUAACUCCAUGUUUAUCAACCAGCAAUGAUUCAAGCGAAUCAUCCAGCAAGGAAGUCAUUAAUAUUAAAAACAUCUCUGAAAGUUAUUCAGCAAGAAAGAGUAAAAAAUCCAAGAAAGAUGACCCUUCAGGAGAAACAGAUUUAAGAGAAUCUACUUGUGACAGAACUAUUAAGGAAAAGAAAAGGAAGAACAGACAGAAUCCUGACCCAGGUACUGAAAGAAAGUUGACAGCUUGUGAUGUGAGCAAUAAUAAUUUUAGUGGUGAAGGAAAUAUUGAUGAAUUAACAUCCUUUAUGCAGGGUGAUAUUUCAGAGAGUAUUAAUUGCAAUUUUAGAAGUAAUAUGUCAUUUGCAGCAAGAGAUCAGGAAAAUAAUUCUAGUCACAGUGAUGGAAAUGCUGCAAAACUUUUUGGUAAUGUGAUUAGUAUGCCGGUAGAUGACUUCGAUUAUGAUGAUGAUGACUAUGCUGAGCCGAAACAUUUGAAAAAGAGGAUAAAGAAAACAAAACCAAUAGAAGAUGUUGAACUUGAGGAUGAUGAUCUUGAAGAGAGUGAAGAAGAUGACUGCACAGACUUUACAGUUACUUCUCUAUAUAACACAUCUUCAUAUAAUAACCAAGAAUGUGAGGCACCUGAAUGUGGAAUGCAGAGAGAAAUUAAAUACAAGAGUUUUGAUGAACUUCUUUACAAGAUUCCUCCAGGAGAGGGCAUUCCUUUGGAAGACAGUGAAGAAGUUCCAGAUGAAAAAUGCUACUGGAAAAAACAUAAUGAAAGAAUGAUUGAUAACUUUACAGAGGAAGAGAUAGAACAGGAGGUAAUGAAUAAGAUUUAUUUUAUUCAUGACUAUUUUAAAAGAUUUGAAACUGGCAAGCUUACUGAGGAGGAGUUGAAGGAAGUGCGGCCAAGGAACUUUCAUGAACCAUAUUUUCCAACACCAAAACACAUGGAGUUCUUCAAAAACUUGGAUAUCAAAAUAACUUGGCCCCUAAAUAAGCUUCAUGAAUUCUGUCAAAAUUGUGUUAGUAAGAAAUAUAAUAUUCAUGGCAUGGCUAGGAAAAUGGGUUUCACUGUUUCCACACACAGUAGUACACAUGAAGAAGAUAAGAAGUUGUUAAGGAACUGGAUCAAAUUUCAGAAGGAAUAUGGAUUUUAUGAUUUACGUCCCCUGACUUCAGUAAGAACAACAAGAGUAAUAAUCGAUGAUGAAGGCAACAUUUCAUUCAGGGGUUUCAGAUACAUUAGCUUAAAAAAUCAGAAGAAAUUAGGACUGUACUUGGCCCAAGGCUUACCCAACAGAACACCUGCGUUUGCAUUGAAAAAGCUAAGAUUUUGGGCCAUGAAUCUGGAGGACAACAUAGUAAAAAAAAAAAAAAGUAGCUUCCCAGGGCGUUAUGUGGCAAAAAUGGUAUAUAUGCUGAAAAGAUUUGGUGCAAACUUCUCAGCAGUAGAGCUGGUAGUUGGGAAAUAUAUAGAACAUUAUUUCAGAAUUUUCUUCGAUGUUCAUGUACGGAUGCAGAACCUGAAAUUUCGAAGUGGAGCUUGGCUGGAUACCGAGACAGAAAGACUUAAGAGAGGAAUUGUUGAAGUAAUGAAAGUGAAGUCAUGGAGAGACGCUGAAAAGAAAAGAAUCAAAUGGCUGAAGCUUAUUCCGUAUGUUAGGACACGUAAUAGUAAUUACAUGAGAGAGCGCUUUUUGUGGAUUUGUCGUACUGGCUACGAAACAACAAAAAUGGAGAGAUAUUGGUUUUGGGCAAAGCUGAUUCAUGUCAUAUAUGAUUCAGGUGUUGACCAUCUAAGCCUCGUGGACUGGGACGCUAUAGCUGAGCAGUUCCCAGGUAAAAAUGUUUACUGUGUGAGAUUAGAAUUCCGAAACCUCUUCUUCCAUAAGGUCCCCAGUCAACACCAAUCACUGCUUCAAGAUGGGAUAAUAUAUUUGUAUGAUAAAUUUCUUCCAUAUCUUCGAAAAGUACUAGAAAUUGCUGGAAAACCAUAUAAUUUAGAUGGCUCCUCCCAAUGCAGCAGUGAAGGUGAAGGAAAAGAUGCUGCAGAUAAAGAGUGUGAUAUUGAUGACAUGACCAGUAAGUGUGCAGAGGAAGAAAUGGUAGAUAACCCAGACAGCGUUGGUCUUGGUUGUCAUCAUUCAGGUGUUAAACAAGUGGAGAAAUCUUCAUGACCAGUAACUGAAGAGUGUUAAACAAGUGGAGAAAUCUUCAUGACCAGUAACUGAAGAGUGUUAAACAAGUGGAGAAAUCUUCAUGACCAGUAACUGAAGAGUGUUAAACAAGUGGAGAAAUCUUCAUGACCAGUAACUGAAGAGUGUUAAACAAGUGGAGAAAUCUUCAUGACCAGUAACUAAAGAGUGUUAAACAAGUGGAGAAAUCUUCAUGACCAGUAACUGAAGAGUGUUAAACAAGUGGAGAAAUCUUCAUGACCAGUAACUAAAGAGUGUUAAACAAGUGGAGAAAUCUUCAUGACCAGUAACUAAAGAGAUCAUUGUGAGUUCCCAAAUUUAACAGAAUCAACUUAUAUUCAAAAUUAAGGUUAAAAAUAUACUUACCUUUGAAGUACAGUAUAUUAAAUCAUGUGUUCUAUUUAUGGGAAGUAAACAUAUUAUUUAAAUUCCUUAUUUGUUUAAUCAUAAUAUGUUCUUAAUAUAUACAGUACUGUAUAUACUGGUAAACAAUAAAUAUUCUGUACAAUAUUUGUAUAUUUUAGGGGUAUUCAGGUUGCUAUUAACCACUCUGCUGCUCCAAUAUUAAUACUGUUAAGAAUCAGUCUCAUUACUUCACCAGCAUCAAUCUCAUUACUUCACCAGCAUCAAUCUCAUUACUUCACCAGCAUCAAUCUCAUUACCAGCGUUAAUAUCUUCCUCUACCCACAUCCUUAUCAUUCCCUUACCAGCAUCAUUUUUACCUUAGUAUCUUUCUCACUAAUGAUUAUCAUCCUCAUAUCAGCACCAGUGUAUUUGCACUGGGCAGUUGUAUUUUUUAUAUUUCAAAAUGUAUACCUUCGAUGACUGAUUUUUGUCAUGUGAAUUUGCCUUUCUUUAUAUUAGGGGAAUGGCCUUCACUACACUAUUAUUUAACAUAUGAAUCAUCUUCCUUGCUAAUUACUCACUUACUCACCAUCUCCAAGUAUUUAAAGAUGCUCAAAGGAGCACUUGAAACA